AUGAAGCGCGAGUUCAACCAGGCCGCUGAUUACCUGACAUCGAAAACCUUGUCCGAGGAUGAUCCCGAGAAACAACACCUGGAAGUAGUGUCUAAGAUCCGCGAGCAGUUGGUGAAGUCGUCCGAAAACAUAGACGCUCGAAUUCGCAGUGGAGACAUCGUACAAGACCCUGGUGAAGAAGAUGGCGAUUCAGGAACGAGACAUGGUCCUGGCCCUGAAUGUGCCCCUCUACCUUCAGCCGCCCGAGGCAUGGCUGUACUCACGAGAGUGCGAGCUCAAGAAGCUGAUGGCAGUGAGGUUGCACCCAUGGGACCGCUAGAAUUCUCAUCCACACGCCUGAAGAAGAUCGGUAAGGUCGCAGACCUGUUCGUUCUGGAUGAUCGAGGAGUGUUGUACAGACUCCCACACUCUGUUCGUGGAAGACCACGAGACGCCGUGGAUAAUCUGAGACUGGUAGUCCCGAGUUCACUCCGAGAAGACAUGUGGCAUCACGCGCAUGAGGACUUCCAAGGUGGACAUCAAGGGAUCACUCGGACUCACGAGAAGUUACGUACCGAGUUCUACUGGCCUGGCAUGUAUGCGGACGUUCAACAUUUUGUGAAAGAAUGUGUGGAUUGUGCCAGCGGAAAAGGGGCGCCCCCGAAUGCUGGAUCUUCGCCAGGAAGUAUCGAACCACGGUAUCCCUUCGAAGCAGUUUCUAUGGAUUUCGUGACUCAUAUGCCCGAGUCAGCUCGAGGGAAUAUGUUCCUCUUGUUGUUUCAGGACAUGUUUUCAGGUUACGUGAUGUGUAAGCCCAUGUCAUCUACUACCGAUCAAGAUAUCGCUGAGGCCUAUGAAGAGCAAGUGUUCCAGAGAUUCGGUGCGUCUUCCAUGAUACGCCACGACCCAGAUCCGCGGUUCAUGAGUGAAGUGUUCACCAGGUUCCGGGAACUCUUAGGUAGCAGACAACGUGCUACGCUCGGAUAUCGUUCACAAGCGAAUGGGCAACAGGCGAGGUCUGUACAGACAUUCAUUCGGAGC